AUGCGCAAAUCCAGCACCGUCACCACUGGUGUACCUUCAUGUAGCGGCAAACUGUGUGUCAGUGCCUAUUCAUACUUUGAAAUGACCGGUUGUUCCCGUUUUAUAGCCAAAUUCGGUCUGAAAGACGGAUGCGCCUACUGGCGUACACUUUUUCCCAGUGAAAUUUUGAGAUUAUGUAAAGGCAAAGGCAUGGAAUACGAGCGUGAUCAAGCACGACUUAGAUAUUUGAUGGAUAUGGUACCAACAGAUGACGAAGGGGAAAGUCACGACUCUGACGAUGAUUCGGAGGGCGAAAUUGACAUGGUGGAGGAGAGGGACGGUGGAAGCGAAUCCGAACAAGAAAUAUCAGAUUGUGAAGAGGAAGAGGAAGAUGAUACUAUUGUUGCUAUUGCAGCCUCAUUUUUGGGAAAAGAUAAAAAAACAAUAUGGAUGAAACAUGUUCCACCUAAAAAUGUAAGAACUAGAAGUGAGAAUAUAGUAAAACGUCUUCCGAUAUCCAAAUUGCCUACACGUUGUUUGCAAACACCGAAAGAUAUCUUUCAAUUUUUCAUAGAUGAUGCUAUGAUAGCAAUUCUGGUCGAAAAUACCAACUUAUACAUUCAAUCCAUAUCAUCGAAGUAUGCUAGAUAUAGAGACGCUAGACCAACAGAUACUAUUGAAAUGCGAGCACUUUUAGGUCUACUGUUAUAUGCCGGAGUUAUGAAAUCAAGCCGUUUGAACGUUGGGGAAUUAUGGAAAUCAGAUGGCUCUAUUAUUGAGAUAUUAAGAUUGGGAAUGUCAAUAAAACGAUUUCUUUUCUUACUGCGCUGCCUGAGGUUUGAUAAUAAGGAUACCAGAGAAGAAAGAACAGCUAUCGAUAAAUUAGCACCUAUCCGUAAUUUUUUCGAUUUGUUCGUUACUAAGUGUAAGGAUGGAUACAGUUUAUCUGAAUAUGUCACAAUUGAUGAGAAAUUAGAAGGUUUCCGAGGUAAAUGUAAUUUCAGGCAAUACAUUCCUACCAAACCUAACCGCUACGGAAUAAAAAUUUUUGCUCUCUCAGAUGCUAAAACCUUUUACACUGGCAAUUUGGAAGUUUACGUUGGACAACAGCCGGCCGGGCCAUACGCAGUUAGCAACAGCCCAGGUGAUGUGGUAAUGAGACUUUGUGACGAAAUAAAAGGGUCCGGAAGAAAUGUCACAAUGGAUAACUGGUUCACGAGUGUACCCCUUGUUGACACUUUGCUGAAAAAUUUCAAACUCACAGUAAUAGGAACAAUGCGGAAAAAUAAAGGAGAGCUCCCUCUUGAAUUUUCUAAGCCAACUCAUCCAGUCGGAGCAAGCAUGUUUGGAUUCACGAGAAAUAGCAUCGUGUGCUUUAUCCCCAAAAAAAAGAAAAAUGUUUUACUAAUUUCUUCGCUACAUCACGAUGACAACAUAGAUAUACAAUCUGGAAAACCAGAAAUUAUACUGGAUUACAACGCAACAAAAGGCGGCGUGGACACUGUUGAUAGACUAUGCGCAAAUUAUAAUGUUGCUCGCAACACUAGGAGAUGGCCCAUGGUUGUAUUUUAUUCUGUUCUCAACGUGACUGGAAUAAAUUCAUUCGUAGUUUACUGCUCUAAUUCUCCCAAUCCAAAUCUCAAAAGACGUAAGUUUUUGCAACGUCUGGCUAUGGACCUAAUACGUCCGCACUUAGUUGUUAGAGCGACAAUUCUCAAUAUUCCAAGAACCUUGAGGGUUUCUGGAACAAAUACUGCCCCGGGAAAUACUGUCACCCCACCAGAAGGUCAAAUAGGAAGGUGUAGGAUGCUGAUGCACUGA